AUGCUGUUGUGGGUGCCAGAGGCACUGCUGGCCUUGCUUCUACCCACGCUCCUGGCACAGGGAGAAGCCAGGCGCUGGAGGCAUCACCAGGCCCAGGAGGCCUCCAGGCCGGCUCUGCUGAGGCUGUCAGAUCACCUCCUGGCCAAUUACGAGAAGGGCGUGCGGCCCGUGCAGGACUGGAGGAAGCCCACCACCGUGGCCAUCGACGUCAUUAUCUAUGCCAUCCUCAGCGUGGAUGAGAAGAACCAGGUUCUGACCACCUACAUCUGGUACCGGCAGUACUGGACUGACGAGUUUCUCCAGUGGAACCCCGAGGACUUUGACAACAUCACCAAGCUGUCCAUCCCCACUGAGAGCAUCUGGGUCCCGGACAUUCUCAUCAAUGAGUUUGUGGACGUGGGGAAGUCUCCAAGCAUCCCGUACGUGUACGUUGGGCAUCACGGCGAGGUCCAGAACUACAAGCCCCUCCAGGUGAUGACCGCCUGUAGCCUCGACAUCUACAACUUUCCCUUCGAUGUGCAAAACUGCUCCCUGACCUUCACCAGCUGGCUGCACACCAUCCAGGACAUCAACAUCUCCCUGUGGCGCUUGCCGGAAAAGGUGAAGCUCGACAAGACCCUCUUCAUGAACCAGGGCGAGUGGGAGCUUCUGGGGGUGCUGACCCAGUUCCGGGAGUUCAGUAUGGAAGACAGCAACCAUUAUGCAGAAAUGAAGUUCUACGUGGUCAUCCGCCGGCGGCCCCUGUUCUAUGCGGUCAGCCUGCUGCUGCCCAGUAUCUUCCUCAUGCUCAUGGACAUCGUGGGCUUCUACCUGCCUCCAGACAGUGGCGAGAGGGUCUCCUUCAAGAUCACGCUCCUCCUGGGUUACUCCGUCUUCCUGAUCAUCGUGUCGGACACGCUGCCGGCCACCGCCAUCGGCACUCCCCUCAUUGGUAAGGCACCCCCGGGCAAGCGCGCGGAGGAACCGAGAAACCCGCCCCUCCCACCUGCGGUGCGCGGGCCCCAACCCCGCCCCGUGUGCACAGGGGUCUACUUUGUCGUGUGCAUGGCGCUGCUGGUGAUGAGCUUGGCCGAGACCAUCUUCAUCGUGCGGCUGGUACACAAGCAGGACUUGCAGCAGCCCGUGCCCGCCUGGCUGCGGCGCCUGGUUCUGGGGCGGGUGGCCCUGCUCCUUUGCCUAGGCGAGCAGCCGGCUUCUCGAAGGUCCCCAGCCACCUCCCCAGCCACCAAGACCGAUGACUGCCCAGACAUGGGAAACCCCUGCAACCACUUGGGAGGCCCCCGGGACUUGGAGAAGACCCCGAGGGGCCGAGGCACCCCGCCCCCACCCCCGCGGGAGGCCUCGCUGGCUGUGCGAGGACUGUUGCAGGAGCUGGUCUCCAUCAGGCGCUUCCUGGAGAAAAGAGACGAGAGCCGAGAGGUGGCCCGGGAGUGGCUGCGCGUGGGCUCGGUGCUGGACAGGUUGCUCUUCCGAAUCUACCUGGUGGCGGUGCUGGCCUACAGCAUCACCCUCAUCAUUCUGUGGUCCGUGUGGCAGUAUUCUUGA